AUGCCAAAAAUGUGGGAUUUAUUAAGAAAAUCAAAAUAUUAUUUAAUAAAUGUCCAUCCACUUGGACAAUUUUCCUUUCCAAAUAUUCCAAAAAGAAUUGUUAAUAUUGGAGGGAUUGAAGUAGAAAUUGAAGGAAUUUUGAAUGAGAUUGAGGAAGAAAAGAAAUUGGAAGAAAAAGAGAAAAAUAAGCAUAGUAUAACUGGCUUUUUUAAAAAUAAACUAAUUGAAUAUUUACCUGAAGAACCUGUAUUUCGAUGGAUUAAAAAGGUAUUUAAUACGACACAGUGCCGAACCAGAUCCGGCCGGAUUUUUUCGGAGUCCGAGACUUCUGAGGAGAAAACCCAGUGA